CUACGGUGUGACGUCAGAAGGAGAAGCGGCCAUUAGGGCUCGGAUAAAAAGCCUCAGCAUCACCGCGCAGUCCGGACCGGACACGAUGGACCGGAUAACCGGCUGAUCCCGGGAAUCCCGUCCCCGUUACCGAGAAGCGGCUUUUGUUCCGCCGCAGCAGCCGGACUGAACCAUGCCGCUGCAAACCAAGAGAUAGCUUAAGCACAGGAGAGAGAAAAGCAGCGCAGGGGUUUGGGACAGGACCCGAACAAGGGGCUCAGGACGACUCCAAUCUCAUGAACACUGAAAGCCGCAAGCCAUCAGAAGUGUAGCUUUUCUUUCUGAAGGGAGAAGAGAGCUGGAGAGAAAUGGGAGCUUUAACCAGCAGACAGAAUGCUGGAGUGGAGGAGCUGGACAUCCCAUCCAACUCCGUGUACAGAUAUCCACCCAAAAGCGGAAGCUACUUUGCCAGCCAUUUCAUCAUGGGAGGAGAAAAGUUUGAUUCGACCCAUCCUGAGGGCUACUUGUUUGGAGAGAACACAGAUCUCAACUUCCUGGGAAACAGACCAGUUACAUUCCCAUAUACCGCCCCACCACCUCACGAGCCAGUGAAGACCCUCCGAAGUCUCGUCAACAUUCGAAAAGAUACUCUCCGACUGGUCAGAUGUAGAGAAGACAUGAAGUUGCCCGGGCACGAGGUCGGAAAGAGCCGUAGUUGCUACAACAUUGAGUUUACCUUCGAUGCUGAUACACAAGUUGCCAUCACUAUUUACUACCAAGCCACUGAGGAAUUCCACAAUGGUGUGCCAGUAUACCUGCCCCAGGACAGCUCUCUGAAAUCGGAGACGGUGCAUUUUAAGAGAGGCGUCUGCCAGCAGUUCUGCUUACCAUCGCAUUCUGUCAACUUGUCCGAGUGGUCAGACGAGGAGCUUUUAUUCGACAUGGAUAAAGAAGUUUUCCCCAUGGUGGUUCAGGCGGUGGUGGAUGAAGGAGAUGAGCAUUUAGGACACGCUCACAUUCUUCUCGCCACCUUUGAGAAGCAUAUGGAUGACAGCUACUGUGUGAAACCUCUGAAGCAGAAGCAAGUGGUGGAUGGUGUUAGUUACCUGCUUCAGGAGAUUUAUGGCAUAGAAAACAAAUACAACAGCCAGGAAUCUAAAGUGGCUGACGAUGAGCUCAGCGACAACAGUGCGGAGUGUGUGGUGUGUCUGUCUGAUGUGCGCGACACACUCAUCCUUCCCUGCAGACACCUGUGCUUGUGCAAUGCCUGCGCAGACACACUGCGCUAUCAAGCCAACUGCUGCCCAAUCUGCCGCCUGCCAUUUCGGGCUCUGCUGCAGAUCCGAGCCUUGAGGAGGAAGCUGAGUCCCGUCUCCACUACCGGCUUCAAUCCAGCCAUCACCUCCCAGUCCUCAGACUCUGAGGAGCAUUCGGCGGCUGAACACAUUCCCCAAGGAUUCGAGGCUGUGUCUCUUUUAGAGGCUCUAAACGGCCCGCUGAACCCCUCACCAUGCGCUCCUGCACUGCACGGCCUGACAAAAGCUCACAUCUCUGGAACGCUGCCUGCGUACGGCACGGCGAGUCAUCACACCGCCACACACUCGCUGUCUCACUUAGAGCACUCCAUCACCUCCAGCCAAGGCCUCAAGGUGAAGAAGAGCAGCUCCAAGUCUCUCUCCCAGAAUUCCCAGAACUCCUCAGUGCUGCCUGAGGAGGAGGAUGAGAAGUCGUGCAGUGAGUCAGAGGCUCGGGUGUGCAGGAGGAAACUGCCUAUGGACCAGCAAGAGUGUGGCAUGACCCCUGAGAGCGACAAUCUCACCCUGUCCUCAUGCGGUGCGAUAGAGCAGUCCUCGUGUAGCGGCACCCCGCUGUCCUCCACCAUCACCUCCCCUGAAGACCCAGUGAGCAGCAGUUUGGCCCAGUCUGUCAUGUCCAUGGCGUCUUCACAGAGUCAAAACUCACGCAUCAGCACUGACACGCUCUCCUCCAUGUCCGGCUCCUACCUGCCGGGGGCCGAGGGAGACGAACGCCACCAGAACACACCCGAGAGCCGGCCAGUUUCCCAGCAGGAAGGCGAUAAAACCCCCAGUGAGUCACUUGACCACAGAUUCAUGGUAGCAGUCGCUGAAGAGCAGGAUUCAGAGGGAAACGAUGUCACUGAGGAGGACUGUACAUCUCCUACUAAAGACCAGGGUGGGCGCAGGAGGAGUGAGGUGCCUUGUCCAGAGUUUGACAAUAACAAUCAGGGGCGGUCUGACACCCACUGUGUGACAGGCCUGGACAAUGAACAGGCUCCUGAUGGCCAAUUCGCUGAGCUGCUCUACCUGGAUGCCAACUGGCGUUCCCAGGAGUCUUUGCUUCAGCAUGCCUCUAAGAGCAACAUCAAUCUGGAUGAGCAAAGUGUCACCAACAUGAGGACGAGCCCGAAAAACACACCAAAAACACGCCACGGACCACUAGCUGUGUAAAAGGCGUCCCUCCAGCAUCUGACUCCCCAUGCCGACUCCUCAUCUCACCCUCUGAUCUAAAAAGCAGAAGAAUUUGUUUGUCGCAAAUAAGAGCGCUACUCAGCAGUGGCAUUCUCUUCAGCCUUCACGCCGCUCAUUUACCGAUGCAUGUUGCAAGACACUCAUGAUGAACAAACCAGUAGAUUCGAUUAAAAUGGCUUCAUGAACGUCUGACUCAAAUAGGAGUUCUGACUUUACGGUUAAUUACAAGGGUUUAAACCACAGGAACUCGGUCAAUUCAGGUGCAUUUCCACCAGAGGAAGCAAGAACAAUUGAAUUCCUGGGCUGGAUUGUAGUUCCAAGAACGUUUUUUUGUUCCUGGAUCUAUUUCCAUACUCGUACCAAAAAGCACUGUAAAGUAUUAACUACUAGACUAGUAGACAGAGUGUUUAAUGACGUGUCCAUUUUACCAUUUAAGAAUGAUUGUUGCUCUGCGAUGCUUUUGCGAAAAUCAGCCUCUUGGUGAAACGCAAACUUCAUAGAUUAACCAAUUUACAAGUACUAAAACAUCAGCGAGAUUAACACAAGUGGUGAGUCAAAAAAAAAAAGUUGCAGGAAUUACAGUAAUUAUACUUUGUACAUGCUUCCACUUGCCUGCCACACACAACACCUUAAAGCUUCAGUUUGUAAUUUUAAAAAGUGUUUCUAUCCCUAUAACAUUCACCUAAUUUCAAAGAUACCAUAGAAAAACUGUCAUUUGCAAUAUUUUCAUGCAAUGGAUCUGCUUAGUUUUUUUGUUUUUGUUUAUUAGUUUGCUUUUUUACUUUCUGGUUCCUGCUUACAUUUUUCCAGCCCAGAAAUGAGCUCCGCCCUCAGCUGUAACAGAGCUGCUCAGGUAUACCCGCCCUUUUUUCCUAAAACGCAACAUAUUUUCAGUAGAAGGAAAGGCUUAUAGGUGUUGUCAUUGUAAAAGCAAUACUCCUUAACAUUCAGUGGAGGGCUGUAAAAAAAUUUACAAACUGCUGCUUUAAUGCUAACAAAUAAUGUUGUUAUUUUGCAGUAUGGUGGAAAUGUGCCUGUUGUCACUUACGGUGUUUUCUAAUCGAAGCACCUGGAAGAUCUAAGGCUAAAUCGCGUUUAAAAAAAACAAAAAAAACAAAACAAAAACACGAAUACGUGAUUUAAAUAAGCGUUUGCAUGCACAGAUAAUCCUUUCUUAAUCCACUUGCACUCCAGAAUAUUCAGUAUUUGAAUGUCAGUAUCAACAUGUUGCACUUCCUGUAUCACUGCGACAGGUGAAGCAAACAAAAGGCGGAGUUUACAAACCAACUCGCCCUGCUCGUUCACAUCACAAACUGGACUUCAGAGCAAUAACGCAUCCUCACUGAGCUGCUCUUACCAUCGUGCAUGCUACAAAGCCAGAAAAAUCAAAGCUACAAAGCUGCCUCACCUGCCGUCUGGCCAAAUCAGUGCUAAUGGAGAGGAAAUCUACCACCAUUGUCAUAUAUAUCACACAGAUAAUGCUUUUAAUAUCAUAAACGUACAAUCAGAUCUGUUUACUGAUUCAGCAUUAGUUAGUUUUCUGGAUAUUACAGGGAGCAGAUUGUAGAAAACUACACGAGGGAUUUGCCAAGCAAAAGUGCCAGUGUGACUUCGGCAUGCCAGGUCAUAUGUUUUUUUAUCGUGGAUUGUUUUUUUUUUUUGCAUUGCACAUGACAAUGGGUGCACUGUACUACAUAUAAGAUGCUAAAGAAGUGUUUACUAAUUCAGAAAAUAAAAACGUGCCACACGCUUGUCAACGUUAGAUAGAGACAA